GGCAUUCACUCGUAGAAGCUGUGGACAUCGACAGAAAUAAUGUACUGCACAUGGCUUCCUUUCUUCUCCAACACAUGCCUCGUCAAAUUCAUAGCUCUCUCAUGCAAAUGCAAUAUGAAGCCCUCUGGUUUAAGAGUAUGUGAAAGAAAACAUGCCAGCUCACCUGAGUUCUCAGGAGAACAAAGAUGGAGACACCCCAGAUGAGAUCUUCGCAGAACAGCACAAGGACCUUCUCAAGGAAAGCAACGAAUGGAUUAAGGACACUUCUGGUUCUUACGCUAUAGUUGCAGCACUUAUUGUCAGUGUCACCUACGCCACAUCGUACACUGUCCCGGGAGGCACUGAUGACGAUGGAAGCCCUCACUUACGAGGCCGUCUUACAUUCGACAUCUUCGUUUUCUCCGUUCUGGUUUCCUUCUGUUCCUCCAUAACUUCCUUGGCCGCCUUUGUGGCUGUCUUUAGUUCUCGAAAGAAACCCGUUGAUUAUCUUCGAAGUUUGCAUCUGAAGCUUUGUUUUGGCUUAACUACGUUCUGUCUAUCUGUUGUCUCAAUGCUGGUAUCUUUCUGCGCUGCGCAUUUCUUUGAACUUGAUCACAGAAUCAAGCAAAAGAUUAGCCUUUAUGCUUUGGUGUUGAUUCCACUGUGUCUGUACACUUAUGAACAGAUUCCACUGUACUGGAAUCUUCUCAGAACCACUCUUGCCAAAGAGCCUCGGCCAAGAUACGUAGGAGACAAUGUUACUAUGUAGCCUGAUCGAGCCAUGCAUGAUGUUUCUUCUUCUUCUGGUUCUGCAAUAUUUGUUUUUUGUGCUGUGUUUGAUGAUCUCUCUUCUCUAUUGUGAGUUCCUGUAUGUGAAAUCUUUGAAGUUUUUAAUUUUUAAUUUGUUAUAAAGUUUACUUUUUGGAAAUGAAGCAUUAAUUUAUAACAUUAAUCACUAAAAGUAAGAGUU